AUUUGGCAACACAACAAAUUAGCGAAUUUCUCUUCGUCGUCCCAUGUUUUGUUGUUUUCGUGUCAAAUUUACCGAUUUUCAAUCUAAUGUUGUCCUGAUCAAUAAAUCAUUUGUAAAAAUGUGACAAAUAAUAUUUUGUCCGAAAUAAAACUGUAUUCAUCUUCGCAAUAUUUUUUGCAUAGUGAAACUAAUCCUCGUGGUCGUCGCAGUAAUAUUUAUUGUCAUAUUUAGAUCAAAUUUCUUUACAGAUCGUAUUUGUUUAUAAAAUAUAUUAUUUACCAUUUUAAACUUUGACUGAAUCUUAAUAACUGUGCUGUGCAUAGUUUAUUAUAUCUAGAUCGGUAAAUUUAUUUAAAUAUUCAAAGGUUAUUUAAAUGGCUAUGGUACUGCAACCAAUCUUGAAAACAAAUUCUGCCAAGGGUGAUACUUUAAAUUCCCCUAGAGUGACUUUUAACCUUCCUAAUGAUCAAGGAAUGAUUCAGUAUUUAAAAGCAGAAGAUAAUUUAUCACAUUCAUCUAAACUGCAUUCAAUUAUAAAACUGAUUAGUUCACCUGAAACUGAUGAUCAGUUAAUCAUCCAGUGGCUCAAUGAGUUGAAAGAUAAUAUUCGUUUCCUGGACAAUGAAAAUAAAAGAAUAACUUAUGCUUUAUUAGCUAUCCCUUGGUAUACAAAAGAUGCACAAUUCAUUGCAGCAUACAAAGAAUUUAUUCUAAAUCUAAUUAUUGCAGACAUGAGUUAUUUAAAUGUGAUUUUAACAAUGUUCAUCAAAGCAUUUAUUUCAGGCUCUUCAAUGGAUAAUGUAAAACAAGAUUUGAAAAGAUCACAAUGCAUCCAUCUUGUUUUAAAAAGUAUUUUAGAACUAGUACCUAUAUCUCAAAACAUUUUUUGUACAAUGAUGAGUGAACGAUUUCCAUACAUAAAAAGUCCCCCUUCUGUCUUCUUAAGUUAUGUUCAAAAUAUGCUGACAGUAAGCUCAUAUUUGCAAUCUAAAAGACCUUUCAUUCUUCAGUGCAUCAUUGAAAAAUUAAUUUAUGUUGAUGUACAUUGUUCGCGGGAAACCAUUGCUUAUUAUGAGCAAGUAGCUGAAGACAAUAAUGAAUUGAUGGAAAGUAUGGACACUGAAGCUCCUGCUAAUGCUAAAACUGAAGAAAUGGCCUAUCUUCUUGCUCGGACACUUGAUAUUUUGAUGGAUUGUUUAUUCAAAUAUAUUAAAAGGACUUGUUUUCUUGAAGGCAAAGAUGAGCUUGAUUGGAAAGCUACCAAAAAAUUAUAUAAAGAACUUCUUACAAUUUUUGACAAAGUAAUAUUACCCACUCAAGAAUGUUGUCAUGUACAGUAUUUAAUGUUUUAUAUAUGCAGCCUGAAACAAGACCUUUGUGAUGGAUUUUUGGACUAUUUAUGGAAGAAAGUUCAAGACCUAAAAGUUGGUUUUAUUUAUAGACAAAUAGCAGCUUUUUAUAUUGGCUCUGUGCUUUCUAGAGCAAAAUAUGUUAGCAUCAACACUGUCACCGCUUGUUUUGAUUUGAUGAGCAGUUGGAUUCAUCGAUAUAUUAAUGCCCAUACCUCACAAGAUGUUGGAGUGCAUGGUACUUUUCACAGUGUCUGCCAAGCCAUGUUUUAUGUGUUUUCUUUUCGUAUUAAGGAACUUCUCAACAUGCCUGAUGGCUACAGACAUCUUCAGAGUCUGAACUUCGAUAGAAUAGUAACUUGUAGGUUAAAUCCUCUAAAGUACUGUGACAAAACUAUUGUGCAAAACUUUGCUAGCACUGCCAGAAACCAUCAAAUUGCUUAUGUUUAUCCUGUUAUUGAGAAAAACAACAGAAAUUUGCUGUAUAGUGCAUUUGAAUCAAAGGAAGAAUCAAACUCCACUGGAUCUAUGAUUAGGACUUUUUUCCCAUUUGAUCCAUACCUGUUAAAAAAGUCAAAACAAUGGAUUGAACCACAUUUUAGAAUCUACAACCAUUCGCACAAAGAGGAAGAUUUAGAAGACCACACUGAUGAUGAAAUGGAUGUAAAUGAUGAACUGUUUUCAUAUAGUUGCUCUCCUGGAUUCACUAGAGUGCGUUCUGUAUUGAAAGAUGCAAAUGGUUAAAGUGUAAAUUGAUGCAAUUAAUUUAUUAAAUAAAGCAUGAAUCAGUCUGAAA